AUGCCGCCACGAAUUCCAAUUCAAUCGUGUUCCAAAUCCCUUAACGGGCCACUAUACAACUGGUUCGCUGGCCUCUCUCUUGGGCCCAGCGUUUAUUCCAGAUCUGCCUCAUCCAAGACGAAGCGCCAAAAGAAACACUAUGACCCGUUUGCAUUGGCGCAGGCUCGCCAAAGGAAAGCUGCGAAUUUGUCCCGGCAGCGUGGUUUAAAAGAAGAACGUGAAGCCGCGCGUGGAGAUCCGGUGGUGGGAAAACCGACAGCUUUGACCGAGGCGUUGCUAAAUGGGCAAGUUAUCCCUCCAAGCUCAUCAGCGGCAACCAGCGAGGCACCGGCCAGCUCAUCGGAUCUUAACUUCUUUCUGUCGGCGGACGAAUUGAACUUCGCCCUUGCACGCUCGGAGAAAAAUACCCAGCCUGUGGUAGAGGAGGGCCCUUCUUUCGACCCGCAAAAGGCGGAGGAGGAAGCGAAAAGGCACUCGGCCAAGCACAAGAAUGCCGAGGAAGCAGUGAGACGUAUCAUGCAGAUGAACAACGCCAGCAGCAAAGAUCGAACACGGCUGAACAUCCAGCGUUGUAUCGAAACGUUCGGGCGACAUAAUACAGACGCGGCUCUUCCUCCAAAGCCAGAGGCCCCCUCACACCCUUCUGCACCUCAACAUCCUCCCAGACCAUCUCGUGCCGGUCCAGAUACCGGUUCAUCCGAAGUUCAGGUCGCGAUUUUAACCACAAAGAUUCUUACUCUUGCAAAACAAUUGGAGACUACUUCACACAAAGAUAAGCACAACAAGCGGAACCUCAGAUUACUAGUUCAUAAACGACAAAAGCUGCUUAACUAUCUUCGGAAAAAGGAACGUGGGGGUCCAAGAUGGCAGAACUUGGUGAACACACUCGGUCUCAGUGAUGCGACUUGGAAAGGGGAAAUCAGUCUAUAGGAGCGAUGCGUGGAUAUAUGUACUGUACUAU